AUGGGAGAAAGAGGAAGCGGCCUACGUGAGAUGGGAGUGCGUGUAGGAGCGGAUUUUGUAGAAGAAUUGGAACUGGAAUGUCCCAUCCGGAUGAAUGAUGGGCGUCUAGGCCAAGUUCACGACCGAAAAACCACCUCGGAGACGUGCGCAUUGUUGCCUAAGACAACGAGUGACCCGAUCGAUCGCCCGGACAUUCCGGGACCGAAUCGACCUUCACAACCACUUUGA